AUGAGGAUUCUUGAAUUCCGUUACAACGUAGAGAAGCUGAAGGAAAAGAAGUGGAUAUCAAGGAAGGACAGCCAAGCCUCAGACCUGAAACCCACGUUUGAGCCCGACAAGGAGGACAUGGAGCAGGUAUUCAGGAAGAUAUCAAACGGCAAAGAGAGGAUCGAGUUCAGCGACCUGCGGCAGCUGCUGCACAAGAUGAACGUUGCCGACGCCGACCGUGAGGCCAAGCAGAUGAUGCAGGCGGCCGACUUGAACAAUGAUGGCUUUCUGGACUUCGACGAGUUCAUGAAGGUGACCAAGGACGUAAGCAUGAGAGAAUUGAAAGACGCCUUUGGCAUGUUCGACGAGGACCGCGAUGGACGUAUAAGCGCCGAAGAGAUAAAGAGAAUGAUGCAGAAACUUGGCGAAAGUUGUACCUUGGAGGACUGCGCGAGGAUGGUGAAGCAUGUGGACAAGAACGGGGACGGGCUCGUCGACAUGGAUGAGUUCGUAGCGAUGAUGACCGGCACCAGGAAACCAAUCUGA